AAAGCUUGCUCACCGCGUCUUCUACAAUUCCCGUCUCUGCUACUGCUCCGGCUCCUGCUCCACCGUGAAACCUCUUGCAUCUUCCCUCCGAUCUAGCUCCCAUGGCCUCCGAAAAUGACACGGCCAGAUCCGGCACCAGAAAUGGUGACCACGCCACUCCAACUCCGCCGUCUGCCCACAAGGUCGCUCUUAUCACCGGCAUCACCGGCCAAGAUGGCUCUUACCUUACCGAGUUUCUCCUCAACAAAGGCUACGAGGUUCACGGCCUGAUUCGUCGCUCCUCCAACUUCAAUACGCAGCGUAUCGAUCACAUCUACAUCGACCCACACAAUGCCCACAAGGCCCGCAUGAAGCUCCACUAUGCAGAUCUCACCGACGCCUCUUCUCUCCGCCGUUGGCUCGACACCAUUUUCCCUGAUGAGGUCUACAACCUCGGGGCGCAGUCUCAUGUCGCUGUUUCGUUUGAAAUCCCUGAUUAUACGGCGGAUGUUGUCGCCACUGGAGCACUCCGCCUCUUGGAGGCCGUUAGAUCCCACAUCGCCGCCACUGGCCGGAAUCACAUCCGGUACUAUCAGGCUGGAUCAUCCGAAAUGUUCGGAUCCACUCCACCUCCUCAGUCGGAGAAUUCUCCCUUUCACCCUAGAUCUCCAUACGCCGCAUCAAAAUGCGCUGCCCAUUGGUACACUGUGAAUUACAGGGAAGCAUAUGGGCUUUUUGCUUGCAAUGGUAUUCUUUUCAAUCACGAAUCGCCAAGAAGAGGUGAAAAUUUUGUGACCAGGAAGAUUACCCGUGCAGUUGGGAGGAUCAAGGUCGGGUUACAGAGCAAGUUGUUUUUGGGGAAUUUGCAGGCGUCCAGGGAUUGGGGUUUUGCUGGGGACUACGUGGAGGCAAUGUGGUUGAUGCUGCAGCAAGAAAAGCCGGACGAUUAUGUGGUGGCGACUGAGGAAUCUCAUUCAGUGGAGGAAUUCUUAGAGGUGGCAUUUGGGUAUGUUGGGUUGAACUGGAAUGAUCAUGUGGUGAUUGACAAGAGGUACUUCCGGCCCGCAGAGGUGGAUAACUUGAAGGGUGAUGCAAGCAAAGCAAAGAAGUUUCUUGGUUGGAAGCCUAGAGUUGGGUUUGAGCAGUUGGUGAAGAUGAUGGUGGAUGAGGAUAUUGAAUUGGCUAAGAGGGAAAAGGUCCUGGUUGAUGCAGGAUACAUGGAUGCCCAGCAACAGCCUUGAUCCAAAUCUGUAGUUGGGAUGUACUGAGUCCAUACCAGAGUUUAACUUAAACCUCUUCAAUUUCACCAUUUUAGAUGGUUUCCAGAGCCAAAUAGUUUGGUUUUAGGGGAGGAUAUUUGUUUGGUGUUUAAUUCAAGUGUUUUCAUUUUCUCAGUUGUAUCUUGAUUGGUGUAAUCCCCAUUCAUUCAAUUCAUAAAAUUAAUAAUAGAUGUCCAAUCUGGGU